AUGGCCGGGGACGGCGCGGUGGGGACGGCGGACAUCACCGCUCGAGCGGAGGCGGUGCUCGCGCGAUGUCGCCAGCUGGGCGUGCAGCCGGCCCAGCUGCGCCGGCUGACCGGCUACGGCCGUCUGCUGACGGAGGGUGCUGAGCUGAGUGACUGCGGGAGCCGACGGCGGCGCUGGGUGCUGCCGGCCUCGCUGGCGCUGCUGGUGGCCGUGCUGCUGCAGCAGCAGCUCUAUACGGUGGCCGGCCUGUCGCGGCUGCUCUUCAAGCUGGAGGGCAUCAGCGAGCACGCCGAACAGUGUACGAUAGAGAUGCCUCCGAUGAUGGCCGACCUGACCACGGCCCCGGUCAACUGCUCCAUGUGCGCCGAUAUCGACCGGGUCGACAGAGUCUCCAACAUCACACCGGAGGAGUUCGAGCAAAAGUACGCCUACUCGGGCCGGCCGGUGGUGGUCACCGACGGAACCGCCAACUGGACGGCACCGCGCGUCUUCAACUUCAACUUCUUCAAGAAGCUGUACGGCCCCAGCUCGCCCGUCAUCGAGAGCACCGACAACAGGGGCUGCCAGUUCUUCCCCUACAAGACUAAUUUCCGAUCGCUGCGGGAGGUGUUCUCCAUGUCCCAGGACCGAGCUGACAUGAAGCCGGGAGAGAAGCCGUGGUAUAUCGGAUGGUCCAACUGCGACUCGGCGGCGGCCAACGAGCUGCGCCGUCACUACAGCCGGCCGUACUUCCUGCCCGACACCUCAGAGUCCAGCCGACUGGACUGGAUCUUCAUGGGAACGCCCGGCUUCGGCGCCCACAUGCACAUCGACCACGUGCGGAACCCGUCGUGGCAGGCCCAGUUGCACGGCCAGAAGCUGUGGACGCUGCAGCCGCCGCCCGAGUGUCAGAGCGUGUGCCGUCGGAUGGAGACCACCGUCAACCCGGGAGAAAUCAUUGUGCUGGACACCAACAUCUGGUACCACAUGACGACCAUCGUCUCCGACGUCAUCAGCAUCACCAUCGGCUCCGAGUACGACUGAGACGUCACUGGACGUCAUCGGACGUCAUCGAGGAUCAUCAGACACGCCAUUGGGUGUCAUCACUCCUCGCGAGGCGUCACCAGAUUGUCAGCUUACGUCCUGACAGUGAUGUUAGAGUAGGAGGCUGAGGU